GGACCCAGGCCGCGACGCCCGCUGGCCGCUUCCGCUCUCGGCGCAGGCGCGAGAGCUCGGCCGGAGAACGGCGCGGGCUGGGAGGGGAGUGGACGCUGCUGGCAAGGAUGGUGCUGGAGAGCGUGGCCCGCAUCGUGAAGGUGCAGCUCCCGGCGUAUCUAAAGCGGCUCCCUGUCCCCGAGAGCGUUACUGGGUUUGCCCGGCUCACAGUUUCAGAAUGGCUUCGGUUACUGCCUUUCCUCGGUGUACUUGCACUACUUGGCUACCUUGCAAUUCGUCCAUUCCUUCCGAAGAAAAAACAACAGAAGGAUAGCUUGAUUAAUCUUAAAAUACAAAAGGAAAAUCCCAAAGUGGUGAAUGAAAUAAACAUUGAAGAUCUGUGUCUCACCAAAGCAGCUUACUGUAGGUGUUGGCGUUCUAAGACGUUUCCUGCCUGUGAUGGUUCACAUAAUAAACACAAUGAAUUGACAGGAGAUAAUGUGGGUCCACUAAUACUGAAGAAGAAAGAAGUAUAAUAGUAAUGAAUUAGGAUUGAAUUUAGUUGUGUGCUGUAAAAUCUUAUAACAAUAUUUUUUCAUUCUUUGUGUGUAGAUCUUUCAAAUGGUGGUCUUAAUUAUUGCUACUGGUUGAGUAAUUAUUUCUGCCAAUUUAUUUUCUUGCUACACUACUGUUUAUAUUUGAUACUUUAUAUAUUCAAACAGUCAUUUAUAUAGAAAUUAAAUUGUACAACCCUUUCAUUCUUACUUCAAAGACUUAAUGUAUCUUCCUAAAUAAAACCAACACUCUUGGUUUUAACUGAGAAAAAUCUGUUUUUGACAGUGGGUCCAAAGCUAUUUCUUUGAAUAUCAAUAUUUUCUAUAGAAUCUACAUUUAAAGUUUUUCUCCCUAUGUAUACUAUUAAAUAUAUUAUUUUUCAGUCCCCUUCUGUUUUGAUCAUUUGAAGUGAUUUUUCCUCUUGGCCAUCCACACUCCUUUCUUUUCAGAUCAAUAAGAAAAAUAUUGCUCUCAAGAACUAUUUGAGUUUUUAAAGAGAUAAAUGCUUUGCUUUAUAAAGACUGUGUCUAAUAAGUGUGAAUAUCCCAAUUUCAGAAAAGACAUGAACUGGAUAUAGAAAGUUCCAAAAAGGAACAGUUAUUUACAUUAUAAAAGUUUUACUUUACAAAAGGCUUGUGUUUGUUUAGGUGUGUUUUGUAAAAGUAUCUUGAACUCUUUGACUCAGUGACACGGUGGGAUGGGGUGGCAAGAAUACUUAUAGUAAACUCCUGAGCUGCUGCAGUUUGAAGGUUAAUUAGAAAUAAACAUAAAAUAUAUCUGAAUUCAUAUUAAAAUGAUAAAUCAGUGU